AUGUCUCAAUUCCGCGCGAAGAAGCUCGAUAUCGGAUGCUUCACGAAAAUCCGCAACAUUCGCGACCACACGAAGCGAAAGGUCUACGCAGAACACGAGCCGGAACGACAAGCCCUCCGAUACAUCAUCCGCAAUACCACUUUUCCGCAGCGAGUGCGCGCGCAGGCCCAGCUCCAACUCGCCCAGAUGCAUUGCUAUACGAGGUUCACACAGGUCAAGAACAGAUGCAUAAUGGGAGGCAGGGGCAGAGGUGUCUUCAGCGAUUUCAGACUAGGCAGAUAUCAAUUCCGAAUGAACGCGCUCGCCGGAAACCUGCCGGGUGUGAAGAAAGCUAGCUGGUAG